GCCCUAAAACCCUAUCUUACGGCCGUAAGGCAUACACUACAUGCUGCACUCUGUGUGCAAAAUUUUCCUUCGCAAGUAGUUGAACGACAUAAUAAACCGGAGAUCGAAGUGAAAACCUCCAAGGAACUGCUCCUACAGCCGGUUGUCAUCAGCCGAAAUGAGAAAGAACGCGUGCUGAUUGAGGGUUCUAUCAACUCUGUUCGUGUGAGUAUUUCCAUCAAACAGUCGGAUGAAAUCGAACGGCUUUUAUGUCGCAAGUUCACUCGUUUUAUGAUGAUGCGCGCCGAAGAUUUCGUCAUCCUUCGACGCAAGCCUGUUCCG